AGGAGGUGGAGCUGAGCUGAGCGCCGGGCGGUCAUUCAUUAACUCUGAAAUGAUAAUAUUCCCGAGGACAUAACCUGGCGGGAGGAGAGCUCGGGUGAUGGUUCUGGUCCGUCGAGGGGACCCGUCCAUGGCGAGGUCCAGGGCCAGGGUGAGGGUGUACUCCUGCUGCGCGCUCAUGCUGCUCUGUCUGGUCGCUGUUAUUGUGUGCGUGAGCGUGUUCGCCAGGCACGCGCGGCGCGCCGAGUGUCCCCCCGGCAGCUUCCACUCCGCGGCCGUGGCUGCAGACUCAAAGACCUGCUCAGAGAUCGGGAGGGACACGCUCCAGAGCGGGGGCUCCGCGGUAGAUGGCGCCAUCGCUGCACUGCUCUGCACCUCCCUCAUGAACCCGCAGAGCAUGGGCAUCGGAGGGGGCUCCAUCUUCACCGUGAUGAACAGCUCUGGUCACGUGAAAAUAAUCACCUCCAGAGAGUCUGCACCUGCAAAGACUGCGCCUGACCUGCUGCAGUCCUGUCCCAAGACUUUCCAACUCAUGGCAGGCAGUCAAUGGAUUGCGGUUCCAGGAGAGAUUCGAGGUUAUAAAAAAGCACACGACCUUUAUGGAAAGUUGCCAUGGGCAACCCUCUUCCAGCCAGCCAUCAAGCUGGCCAGAGAGGGAUUCCCCAUUCCUCAGAUCCUGGGUCGAUACAUCCCGUACAUCGACACAAAUGAGACCCAGGCACUUAGGGAAGUGUUUUCUGACGUGAAUGGGAACUUGCUGAAAACUGGAGACCUUGUGAAAUUUGAGAAACUGGCCGACACUUUGGAGACGAUUGCCAACCGUGGAGCAGAUGCUUUUUACACCGGGCGGAUAGCAGAGGAUUUAAUCCAUGAUGUACAGGAGGCAGGAGGAACGCUCACGCUGCAGGACUUGGCUCUGUAUGAAGCUACAGAGAGCGAUGCGUGGGCUGUGCCUUUGGGAGAGUACCAGAUGUACAUCCCUCCACCCCCCGCGGGAGGAGUCAUCCUCAGCCUCGUCCUCAACAUCCUGAAAGGAUAUCAGAUGAAUUCCCCAGUUCUGACCAAUGAACAAAAGACGCUAUUUUAUCACCGCUAUAUUGAAGCUUUUAAAUUUGCAAAUGGACUAAAAAAGCUCAUCAGGGAUCCGAAAGUCAGACCAGAACAAAUGGCAAAGAAGUUCACAGAGGAUAGUUUUGCCGACCACAUUCGCAGCUUGAUCAGAGACGAUGGGACACACGAUCCCCAGUAUUACAACAUCACCCCUCACCUGGACAGCGUGGGCACCACGCAUGUAUCUGUGCUGGCCGCGGACGGAUCCGCCGUGUCUGUCACCAGCACCAUCAACCACUUAUUUGGCUCUAAGGUCUUCUCUCCAAGAACCGGAGUCAUCCUUAACAAUGAGCUCUCCGACUUCUGCGGGAAAUUCGAUAGGAUCAUUUCUGGAGAGCGGCCUCCCUCCUCCAUGACCCCCGCUGUGCUGAAGUCUCCGUCAAAGACACUGGUGAUUGGCUCGACCGGCGGAGGCAUGAUCACGACCGGGGUGGCCUCAGCGCUCAUCAACCACCUUUGGUUCGGGAAAAGCCUUAAGGACGCCAUCGCCACCCCUGUUGCUUUCGUUGACUCUGAAAACGCAGUGAAAUUUGAACCCGCCUUUGAUAACGAUGUAAUUGAGGCUCUCAAAGCUCUUGGACAGAAUCAUGUGACGGCGAAGAGAUUCUUCAACGUGGUCAACGCUGUGGAGAGAGAGAGCGGCUGCAUCUGCGCCGUGUCUGACGCCAGAAAACUCGGGGAGCCAGCUGGUUACUGACAGGAGGAGAGAGGGAUGCCGCUUAUUUUCCUUCGCCACAAGGACACAGGAGAUGUAUGUCCGGCUGCAAAAUCUCUGAACGAGACAGUAAAAAAGAGACUAUAUGCUGAACGGUUGCGGUAGCGAGUGUCACUGAGCAGAACACGGAGUGAAGAUGAUGCGCUGGGAUUUAGAAAACACAACGAAGAGUCUGAAAGCCUGAUCCUCUACUGGGCUGCUCCUUUGGACACAUUCAAAUUCUAUCUCUUUUAAUUUUGUCAUCUCUUUCAUGUUACUGUUGUGAAACGAUCAGACCGUGUCCAUCUCAUCAUACAAACAACGUUAUAUGAGUACAUGUACUGUAACUAAUCAGGUCAUAAAUAGUCAUAAAAUCUCAACAUAGGCCAGUAUAGAUGUGAAUAAGCUGUUUGUGUCUGGUAUCUGGCAUUCAAACCACACGGCGCUGUAGUUAUUCUUUAACUUUUUACAUCACAGUACAGUUUGUUCUGUUUUUUAAUAUGCUGUAAAUGAACCGUGGAAAUUAUUUGUAAUAU